AUGUUCGUUGCGACCGUUCGCCCGCCCAACUUAUCUCUUCCCGGCAAAAUAUUACAGUUUGUGCAUCGCCACUUGCAAUGUGCAUAUCUGAAUGUCAAUAAAGAAAUAAAAAAACGACCACCGGAGGCGUUCCCGCUGAAUCGAGACGUUUAUUCGUUCCACCAAUGGGCGAAGAGAGCUCGGCAUAUUCAUAACGAUAUUACCGCGGCGGUGCUGCGGCGUCAUCAUAAUUCAUAUAUAAUAACCCUUCUGAAGCCGACGACGCCGAGGUAG